AUCCGUUUUUCUGCAAUACAUCUUGUUGUCUUGUUCGUCUUUCAAUUCGUUCGUUGCAGUUUUUGUUCCUUUCUGCUUCUCGGGGUCCCUCAAUUUCGGCCGGGAGUACAGCGUGGCUUGCGCCGACACCCAAGAAAGGCAGCGAGCUGAAUGUAGCGAGAAAAGAACGAGUGGAGAGAAGGAAAAAACACUGAAGAAAAUGGCUAGUUGUCUUUUAAACGCAUGAGCACCCACGUAGGAAUAUGCCUCGUAGGUUCAGCGUGGUCUUCCGUUUCAUUUCCCCUCCCGCUGCUUUUCCUCGCGUGUCUUUUCGCCUAGCCUCUGUGCGCUGGACGGUGAGGAGCACCCGAAAUUUUCAUCUUUUUUAGCGUUUCCUCUCCUUUUCCUUCUCGUUUGCUUGACCUUGUUCGGGGGAGCAGACUGAAGGAUCUUUUUUUCAGUCUUACCGGCGGUUCCUCGUUACCGCCUGACCAAGAGUAAGACUGAAAGGAUGGCGCUUCGGUUUCUGAAGCGGUUGCGGCGGAAGGGGAAGAAGCUGUAGCGAGGAAAGCAAGUAAAUACUUCUCUCUUGUAAUCUCGUUCGGUCUAUUCGCUGCUUUCUCUUGUUUUCUCCGGCUCGCCUUGUUCUUUUCUGGCAGCCUCACGAUUGCUGCGGUUUCGCUUUUCUCCUCUCAUCAACGCACAUCUCCCUGGAUUUCUCUCUCCCAGUAUACUUUCUUGUGUGUCUUCUUCUUUUCUUUGUCCCUCUGGGACUCCGUCUCCCUCUCCCCGUUUCGUCUUCUCAGAGGUCGCACUCUCUUCCCCGUCGCCCAUCUUCUCUGCCUCCCCUCGUCUCUGUGUUGCGUUUCCCUCGGACUGGGCUGCCUCGCUCUCCCUUUCUUCGCGUUCCGAUUCUGUUUCUGCCGUCUUCGACUUUGUCUGGCGCAAUGGCUUCCCUGCUGCAUGCUCUGGUUCUCUACACCGAGGGGACCUACCUCGGCGACGCCGGCUUCUCAGUUCUUGCGAGGCUGGGAGGGGCGAAGGUUGGACUCGAGAGAAGUCUGACGACGACUCUCUUUUAUCUCCGCCAUCCAGAUCUUCUUCAGCAGUUUUUGACCGAGUGGGCGGCGACGCAGCUCCUAGGCAGUCCGUCCCCGGAUGUGGAGAGGCAUCUGCAUGCAAUGCACUGUCGUCGAACUGGUCGUUUACGGAGUCAAAGAACGGCGACGGAUGCCUCGGCAAUGGGUUGUCUGUUAGAGCCGACAGUUUCAGCCUCAGGCUUUUCUCAGCGCAGACAGAGUCCAAGACGUCGGUGUUUCACCACGGGGGCGAGUGGAGUCCAGACUGAGGACGGGUGGAUGGAGUCCGACGGAUGUGCGUUUGAAAGCUCGCGGGAAGACCGGCAGUUGCUCGAGGGCUUCUCUUCUACGGAGGCCGAAAAGUUCAUGCAGAAUCUUCCCCCUGAAUUUGCCGAGGUCCUCAGUGCCGCUGCCGGCAACUCCCCAACGCGGUGCAGCACCCCGGCCUGGGAGGCUGCCGAGGGUCAGGGACCUGUCUCGUCUCUCGGACUUUCCGACCGCGAGGACGACGAGAGUUUCAGAGAAGACGACUUGUCUCCUUGCCGCUUCAGCGACCCUCUUCCGCCUUCCGGGGACGAGGUCGCAGACGCCGGCAUGCCUCGCAGCAAAGUGGAGUUUUUUGAGCACCAGCUGAAAAUUCUCUCGGAUUUGCUGAUCGACGUCGAACAGUCAGCGACACAAGAGGGUGCUGAAGGCAUCGGAGCCGACGUAGUCGGAUGAGUCAUACGCCCUAAGAUGCGCGAGGGGACGCCAGAGGCUGGUGUACGGUGCAACGCGCCCCGAUUCUUCAUUCUGCUGUUACUUCUGCAACCGCGGGUUGAACGCGACGAAGGCACCGAGAAAGAACCACCGAGAAAGAAGCAAGGGGAUUCGCGAGCGGCAAGGCAGGAAACGGAAAGGGUGGAAGAAAGCUGAAUCGUGAGCUUCGGGGAGCGGUUUGAGGGGAGGCGGAGAGUAGCGGGGACGGUAUGCAGAAGAGAAGUUGUGAAGGAAAACUCGAGGCAAUCACCGUAGAGAAAAGAGUUAAGAAGAGGUGUGUCAUGGACAGAAUGAGACGCAGGGACGGUUGGAGAACGGAAAAGCCGGGGACAAGACACGAGAGACGUGAAGAGACGGCGAAAAAGAGGAGUUCGGAAGACGAGGGAACGAAGGAAAGAUGGUGUAAAGAAGGCCGACUCGCACUUGUUUUUCAGCAACCGACAGAGUCAGAAGCGCAUUUCCAUAGCAGUGCUCUGACCACCGUUUAAAGAAUUGUAAAGGUAGACACGGUCGUCAGUGUUUCAGUGUUUGCUUUCCCUACGCCUUCUCACGAGAGAACCGUGCAUAGCAUGGCUCUGUGUACUGGGGAAAAGCAAACGAGAGGACAUCUGAAAGCGCCUCCUCUUUGCAGGGUAACGCCGUUUGGGAUUUCCACGACACAGAUUCCUGACUGGUUAACUGGUGAAAGCAGCAUCGGACUGGGGGUUGAAAAAGGCAUAACUGUAACUGUCGAGCUUGGGAAGUUGCUGACCUCACGACCUUUCAAUUGAACUAGAACAGACAAAAAAAAGUGAAUCGAUUGAGAAAGACACGCAUGCGGGAAGACGAAACGACAGAUGCACGGUGGCAUGCAGAACUCGGAAAACAUACGAAGGAAAAUCGGUAGAGAGGAUAGCCACAAGCUAGAGGGAACGCACAACAGGAUCGACUAUCAGCAUAUACACAUUUCUAGCCGGGAAAACAGAUAUAAGACAGGUUUUUCCGUCACGUAAGCAAUGCUGUCAGUGUCGAAAAAUACGAAAAUCUUUGUCGGGUAAUUAUGACCGUGCGUGAAGUUCGAUCCAACACUUGCCAAG